AUGCUACUUUAGUAGUGCAUCUGUUAUAAAACGUAAAAUUAGGUAGUGAUUAAAUCGCUUUGAUUGGCGUUAGAGUUAAUCAAAAAUCGCAUUCAUUUGUCAAUCAAAAAUAUAAAAAAGUGUGGCGUCUGUAAAAUUGCUUUUGUUUGAAAUAAGCAUUGUGUCUUCACGAUUUUUUAAUAAUUUGUUUAUUUAAGCUAUGAGCAGAAGGAGUAGUCCAGUACCUGCACCUCCUCCAGAAGAAGAAGUGGUAGCUCCAGAAGAAUACGUAGUAGAAAGAAUUAUCGACAGCCGUAUUAACGAAAAAGGAAUAAAAGAAUAUUUUUUAAAGUGGAUUGGUUACGAGGAAAAAGACAACACUUGGGAACCGGAAGGUAAUUUGGAUUGUCCCGGAUUAAUUGAAGCUUUUGAAAAAGAAAAAGCUAGAAAAGAAAAAGAAAUGGAAAGAAAACGGAAAUUAAGUACACCUUCAGAUGGAAAGACAGUCAAGAAGAAAACCGACGAAAAAAAAUCUUUAGGAUUUGAUAGAGGUUUAGAACCGGAAAAAAUUAUCGGAGCCACUGAUAGUCCAGGUCAAUUAAUGUUUUUGAUAAAAUGGACGGGUACGGAUGAAGCGGAUCUUGUUCCGGCAAAACAGGCGAAUAUAAAGUGUCCUCAAGUCGUAAUUAAAUUUUAUGAAGAAAGGUUGAAAUGGCAUUCUCCAUCGUUGGAAGAAACUAAAACAACAGAGUAAUAUUUCCCUUGUAGCUCUAAGUUUUUUUCCUUCUAAUUUUUUCUUAAAUUGAUUAGGGUGAAAAUUUAUUUAAUAGGAGAUAAUUUUCUUUAAUUUUUGAAAAUUUUAGAUUUUUAUGAAAUUUAGAUAACCGUAAUGGUAUUUCUACGUAUAUAUACAUAUAAUUUUAUUGAAUUUUUUCUAUUUAAUAACAAAUAGUUGAAAAUAAUUUGAAUAUUUUGUAAAUUGGGAUAAUAAAAUAAUUGCACAAUGUAGGUAUGCUUUUAGUAGAGAAAGAAAGAAAAUACGAAUAUUUGUUCAGUUUUUUGUUUUUAUUUUAAAGUUAUUGAUCAAGUUUGAACACGUUCACAGCCGUGAGGUUAAUAACUUCGAGCACAAACUACUUUUCAAAGAAAUUUACAAAAAAAUCUUCAAAAAAGUUCCAGUUCUUUUGUUUUUUGUAAAACAAGAGAUGUAGUAUGACUUUACAUGAAUUUCAACUACUUUAGCUUCUUUUCAUGUAUGAAGUAUGGUACAACACCGCUUCCUGUGUAUUUUGUUAUCAUCUCAUGCUUUUCCAGCUAACAGACUUUGUUCUUCUUCAGUUUUUCUGCCCUUUUCAUGUUUAUUUUACUUAAAAAAGGCUCUGAAAUAGUGAAAUCGGCCAAAAAAUGACAUUUGGUCAAUAACAAUGCUUUCAGUUUGAUUUCAAUAAAAAAUAAGCUUUUCUGAGUUUAUUUUGGUCAAAAAAUGCCCUUUCCAACAAUAAUUUGGUCAAAAAUUUCCCUUUUCAAUAUUAAUUUGGUCAAUACCAAUCCUUCCAGUUUGGUUUCAAUCAAAAAUAGAAUUAUUUGAGUUCAAUUUUGUAAAUUUAAUCAAUUUUCUGACUUAUUUUGGUGAAAAAAUGUCCUUUCCAACAAUAAUUUGGUCAAAAAUUGCCCUUUUCAAUAUUAAUUUUUUUAUUAGUCCAUAGCUUUUCAACCUGAAAUAUUUCGUUUGACCCUCGUAGCUAUUACACAUUACCUUUUCAGAAAACUCACUUAUUGACAUGAUCUGUAUCAUUUGGAAAGCAGUUUUCUCAUUUUUCUUUACAUAUCUAACAAUAAUUGUAUUUAUGAUUGAAAAGCCAACUUUUCCAAGUGAUAUUCUUCCUUAGUGACUUUCCUAAUUGAAAUUCUACUGUUAUUAACAGCCUUUGGUGUUUGCAUUUCAUCAUCCCCAUUCUCAAAUACUGACUAUCAUACCUUUAAGGUGUAGGCUUCAAAACGGCACUAGAAACAUUGCCAAAAUUUACAAUAUAUCGUACUUUCAAAUAUUAUUUACAAAAACCAGUUAAUUGGUUGAUAAUUUCGAUUUUUUGUAUUAUUAAUAUAUUCGGAUUUAACUUAAUUAUGUUUAUACAAAAAAAGCUGCCAUUAUGAAAACGUACUUUAAUAAUUUGUUAAUUGAUUAGCUGCUUUCUAAAGACGAUUUACCUUCAUAACUCUGUCAUUAUCAUCACAUCAUGUAGACCAAUUGAAUUGGAAAUUUACACACUUUCUGGUUCUUUGAGACGGGUAUAAACCAUAUAUGAAAGGCUAACUGUACCAUGUUAAAAUACAGUGUUCAGUUACACUUUUUAGUUCUUCUAAUGGAUAUAAACCUGUUAUCGAAGGCUCACAGGAUGAGAUAAUGUGACUGUGUUACUGCAGUACGAACUUAUUACAUCCACGAUUACGGGAAUUCGAAUUAAAUUCAUGAGAAAUAAGAAUGUACCAAAUCGUCAAGGCAGAGUCAACAUAUUAACACGAUAUUUACACGGAAUAUGUUUUCGUGAAAUUUUAAUGUAGCUUUAGGAAGAAAAUGCUUAAAUAACAUAGUUUUGUUAUUAUCGUGGUUCUCUGUAGUUAUUAUAAGAAGUAAAUGGACGAAUAUUGAAGUCGAAUUUGAAAAAUAUUCAAAUAAAUUUGAUUCCUCUCUAGACUUGGUAAUUAUAUGCAAAUAUAUUUUCUUCCUAUAGCUAUAUAUAUACAUUUAAUGUCGUUUCUGGUUGAUAUAUGAAUAAAACUUUAACUAGUUUCUAUAGAAUGUUGAUAUAGUAGUCUCAACUGAUGUAUGUCUCUCCGAUUUAUGUAAAUAAGAAUUAAAUGGUUUAUAUUUU